AUGAACACAACGGCGAACAUUUGUCAUGACAAGGAAGUGGAAGAGCAGCACAGCAUCCCCGGCCAUGGUCAUGUUUACAUCGACCCGGCAGCCGAAAAAGCCCUCCUCCGCAAGCUCGACAGGUGGAUUAUCCCGCCCGUCAUGCUCCUGUACCUCUUCAGCUUCCUCGACCGCGUCAACAUCGGCAACGCGCGCCUGUACGGCCUCGAAGAGGACCUCGGCAUGGCGGGCAACCAGUAUCAGAUUGCCGUCUCGGUGCUCUUCGUCACGUAUGUCCUCUCCGAACUGCCUUCGAACCUGGUCCUCAAGAAGUUCACCCCCUCGCGAUGGCUUGCCUUCAUCACUGUCGGCUGGGGUCUGGUUGCGACCCUGACCGGCAUCGUGCAGAGCUACCCUGGCCUCAUCGCGUGUCGCCUUAUCCUCGGUGGUCUUGAGGGUGGUCUCUUCCCCGGCCUGACGAUUUAUCUCACCAUGUUCUAUACGAAACGCGAAUACGGCCUCCGAAUCGGUUUCCUCUUCGUCUCCGCUGCCAUUGCCGGCUCUAUGGGCGGUCUCCUCGCCUAUGGUAUCGGGUUCAUGCACGGUGCCGGCGGCCAGAGUGGCUGGCGAUGGAUCCUCAUCAUCGAGGGCAUCCCUACAAUCCUCCUCGGCAUCUCGAUUUGGUGGUGGCUCGCCGACUCGCCCGACACGGCGCACUACCUGACCAUCCAAGAACGCGAGCUUAUCAACCUCCGCAUGCGACAGCAGGUCGGGCAUACAAAGUCCGGUGACGAGAUGCACAAGGAGGACGUAUACGCUGGCCUCAAGGAUUGGAAGAUCUGGCUCUUUGCCCUUGGCCAGUUCGGAGUUGAUGUUAUUCUCUACGGAUUCUCAACUUUCCUGCCCACCAUUAUCCGUGGCCUUGGAGAUUGGAGCAUCGCUCAAGUCCAGGCUCUUACCAUUCCCGUAUAUGCGGUGGGAGCCGUCAGUUACCUCGUUGUUGCCUGGCUUUCCGAUCGAUACCAGCGACGUGCUGUCUUCACAGCCUUUUUCGGCCUCAUUUGCACUGCCGGGUACGCCAUUCUCGUCAGCGAUUCUUCCGGAAGUGUUCGGUACGGUGGCUGCUUCCUCGCCGCUAUGGGAUUAUAUGUCGUGGUUGGCUUGCCCCUCGCCUGGCUUCCUAGCAACAAUCCCCGUUACGGCAAGCGUACAGUUGCAACUGGUCUGCAGGUAACCAUUGGCAACAUGGCUGGAAUUCCCGCUCCUUUCUUGUAUCCGAAAGUCGACGGCCCUCGCUACGUCAAGGGACACGCGAUUUCUAUGGCCUUCAUCGCUAUGGCUUCGGUUAUUUAUCUCAGCUUCUGGGCCUGGUUCCGCCAUUUGAACCAGAGGAAAGCUUCCGGAAAGGAGGAUCAUAGGAUUCAGGGUCUUCGCGAGGAGGAGAUUGAGGAGCUUGGGGAGCAUAACCCUGCAUUUAAGUAUACCUACUAA